GGGCUUCUGAAGUGGAAAAUACUGCUUUCAAAAUUGAACACUGGAACAGUCUGCCUAGGGGGGUUGUGGAGCCUCCUACUCUGGAGAUAUUCAAAACCCACCUGGACACCUUCCUGUGUAACCUCAUCUAGGUGUUCCUGCUCCGGCGGGGAGAUUGGACUAGAUGAUUUUUCAAGGUCUCUUCCAAUCCCUAACAUUCUGUGAUUCUGUGAAAAAUGGUAAAUACAUGGGGGGAGUACUUCUGGAACAAGUGGCAUUAAAAUAGUGGGCUGCGUUUCUAUAGAAGUAGACUAUGUGUGAAGGAAAAAGAUGGUUUCCUCUCACCAUUCUCUUAAGUUUCCACUUCAUGUCUUUUGUCAGGGUAAUCAUAAAAAUGGAUGUUUCGGAAAUCAUGAACAGCAGCCAUAAAUCAUUGCAAGGUGGUGACAUACAGGCAUCUAACUGAUAGCUGAUUUGCUUUAAGGAAAUCUCCACCUUAGGGGACAGGUUUUCAGAAAUGUAGAUUGAGAGAGAUGUAUUUCUUGUACUUGCAAGCAGUUAAUGAACCUGAUGCUUCCUAGUUGGCCGUGGCUCUGAAUUGCCCUUUGUGGCCUUGGAAAUCUUCUGCUAGUGAGCCAACAGGUAAGGAGAUGCAGUGAUCCCUCAAAAUGUUGAUAUGCGAGAUUUUGAUUGCCCUUCAGGUUCACUGGCCUAUAUGCAGAUGAUCGUUGCCUUAGUCUUUUUUCUAGUCUUAUUCAAAUUCACUGGUUUUAUGUCUUCCUUUUUCUUAUGUCUGUUCCUUGUUCUUAUUUCUCUAAAAGUCUCACUUUGGUUCUCAGUAGCAAAUGAAGGCAAUUAGGUUGAUCUCAAUUUGCUAAUUGCCUUUAAGAAUGAAUUAAGCUGAACAUUUUCCACUUGAAUUUGGUGUUCUUGCUUCUACUGGUGCUUAAGGGCUAGUAACUUUUUAAUUAGUACUCAAAGUUUUGUCUAUUCAAUACUUUUUUUCCCUUAUACUUUUUCCUUCCUUUUUAAAUUGUCUUCCUUUAUCUUCUCCUUCUUUUACUUUUUUUUCCCCUGCUUUGCUCAGUUUCCUGCACUUCAUGGGACUGAACUUGUUCUCCAUGGUCGGCAUUCCCUGGUCACUGCCCUUUGGGGCUGCCCCAUAUGCUCCUUCCCAACAGAGGGAAGGCUGCACUGUGCUGCUCCUGGGCUGCUCUACUCCACGAGAGACCAAGCGUUAAGCUGGCAGUGUUGCUCUUCUUGUAGGACUUGAGUGGGCAACUCAGCAUAGUGUUGUACAAGGCCGUGUAGACAGAUGAAGUCAAUUUGAGGUAGCUUGACUACCUCACAGUGGCUUUGGACAGUGCACAGGGGAAGUCUGGGUGAUCUCUUGAGGAAAGGAGACUUUGCUUCCCCCAUUGUGGCUGCAUUUUUUCUCAUGUGAACUGUGUCUCCUGUGUUUUGCGUGCAGACGUUCAUUGCUGUAAGCUGUUCUUUGAGGUCCAGGGUCAAAUACAGGACCAACUGAAGAGAGGCAAGUAGAGGUUAAAACUCUUCUGUUGGUAUCAUGCUAAGUAAUGGAACACUCCUGCAUGGUGGAGUUGCAGAUGGAGGGAUGUGUGUGAUCCCCAGCAUGAUCCCCAGAUCCAACAGCUCCUUUCCAGUUGUCCAUGUUUCUUCUCUGUGGCACUUUGAGAUCAGCUGUGUGUAGCUUCCUAUAGCUGGAGUGGACAUUUAAGAGUUGUCUAAUAACAGGGCUCUGUACAAUGUCCAGUGUGGGUGAUUUCACUUGGAACAGCAUGUCAGGACGCAGCGUUCGGCUGAAGUCAGUUCCCGUCCAAAGCCUCUCAGAGCUGGAGCGUGCCCGGCUGCAGGAAGUGGCUUUUUAUCAGUUGCAGCAGGACUGUGAUCUGGGCUGUCAGAUUACUAUCCCCAAAGAUGGACAAAAGAGGAAGAAAUCAUUAAGAAAGAAACUGGACUCGUUAGGAAAGGAGAAGAACAGAGACAAAGAAUUUAUUCCCCAGGCUUUUGGAAUGCCCUUGUCCCAAGUGAUUGCUAAUGACCGGGCCUACAAGCUCAAGCAAGACUCUCAGAGAGAAGAGCAAAAAGAUGUUUCAGAUUUCGUGGCCUUUCUCUUACCAUUUGGAACUAAAAGGCAGAACAAAGAACUUUCAAGCAGUAACUCAUCUCUUAGCUCAACCUCAGAAACACCAAAUGAAUCCACUUCUCCUAACACGCCUGAGCCAGCGCCACGGGCAAGGAGGCGUGGCGCGAUGUCUGUGGACUCUAUUACAGAUCUCGAUGACAAUCAGUCACGAUUGUUAGAGGCUCUCCAGCUCUCUUUGCCAGCCGAAGCCCAGAGCAAGAAAGAAAAGGCAAGAGAUAAGAAACUAAGCCUGAACCCUAUUUACAGGCAGGUUCCCCGGCUUGUAGAUAGCUGCUGUCAGCACUUGGAAAAGCAUGGUCUCCAGACAGUAGGAAUAUUCAGAGUUGGAAGCUCAAAAAAGAGAGUAAGACAGUUACGUGAAGAGUUUGACCGGGGCAUAGAUGUUGUAUUAGACGAAGAGCACAGUAUUCAUGAUGUUGCUGCUUUGUUAAAGGAAUUUCUGCGUGACAUGCCUGAUCCACUUCUCACCAGAGAACUUUAUACACCUUUCAUCAACACUCUCUUAUUAGAGCCAGAUGAACAGCUAAGCACCUUACAGCUUCUCAUUUAUCUUCUACCUCCCUGUAACUGCGAUACCCUACACCGGCUGCUGCAGUUCCUCUCCACAGUGGCUGGCCACGCAGAAGACAGCACAGACAAAGACGGCCAAGAGAUUACUGGGAACAAAAUGACAUCACUGAACCUGGCUACCAUCUUUGGCCCUAACUUGUUGCAUAAGCAGAAAUCUACAGACAAAGAAUUCUCUGUUCAGAGCUCAGCUCGAGCUGAAGAGAGUACUGCUAUCAUAGCUGUCGUACAAAAGAUGAUUGAAAACUAUGAAGCUCUUUUCAUGGUUUCCCCUGACCUACAGAAUGAAGUGCUCAUUAGCCUGUUAGAGACGGACCCGGAUGUUGUGGACUAUUUGUUGAGGAGGAAAGCUUCCCAGUCAUCGAGCCCUGAGAUGCUGCGGUCAGAAGGUUCCUACUCCACUGGAGGAAGACAUUCUUCCACAGACUCCAACAAAGCCUCAAGCGGAGAUGUUUCCCCGUACGACAACAACUCCCCGGUACUGUCUGAGCGCUCACUGAUGGCAAUGCAAGAAGAAGUUGCCCGCAGUCCAGAUAAGCUGUACAGGGUACCUGAACAGUACACGCUGGUUGGACAUUUGCAGCCCAAGACAAAGGAGAAUUCUUCUGCAUCAGAGGCUGGAAAAGGUGUUUCCGAAGAUCAUUUUGAUAUCUGGGGCACCUGGCAUUCAACGCUGAAAAGUGGCUGCAAAGAUCCAGCAAUGACAGGUUCUUACGGGAACAUUUACGAAAGCAGCUUGCUGCGACCCGGACAGUGCUCUCUUUCCCAGGGGAACCUCGCCGCAUAUUCUCCUCGGUGGCAGGGCAGCUCCUCCGAAUUGGACACCAGCAGGCAGGUCAUGCGAAGGAGCCAGACGACUGCUGCCAUUCCUGAGUGUCAGCUCCAUCCCUUGGUGUCUCGGGUGUACAGUAACCCGCAUAUUGAAGUCGGCAAUAGUUCAGACCUGUCACACUCCAAGUCGGAGCGGCACUUGACUUUAAGCAGUGUGGAGGACCUCAGUGAGCGUGACUCAAACGCAGGUUGUUCGCAAAGCACAGCCAAGCCCUCUUACAGAAAAGAGCGGCCACCACCUCCCUACCCAGGCCCAGCAAAACCAGGCUCCUCAUUGUCACAGCGAUCAAGCGUUUCUUCAACAUUGCACUCUUUGUGGAAACUUCAACGCCAAGAUAAAAGUUCAGGAACCAGAGCAGCUGGAGGACCACCCGCCAAAGCCCCUGACCAGGCUACCUCUAGGCAGGAGCAGCCGGCCCCACACACCCAGGCGGGUCACAUCUACUCCACAGCACCUCACAGUCCAAACAGUAAAAACGUUUCUGAGGCAGACUGGCAUGAUUGGCAAAGGGAGAGGUGGCAAAUUUGGGAGCUUUUAUCAGCUGAUAACCCCGAUGCCCUCCCAGAAACCCUUGUAUGAUUGGACUCUGCAGAGCUGCUGAUGAUUAAGUUGAAGGUGUCCCUGCUUAGUGCGGGGGGCUUGGACUAGAUGAACUCUGAAGGUCCCUUCCAACCCAAACUGUUCUAUGGUUGUGUACCUAUGCCUCUGUCUCAUAGGAAAACAACAGUGACAUUGGAAAAUGGGGGGGGCUUGUUUGUUUUAUACCAACUGAAUUGCAUAUACUUUUUUUUAAAUGUUCACUUUUAAUUUCUUAACAGCACUGUCAAGCAGUCCAUUUACAAAUACAGUAUGUUCCUGUUUUACAGCAAGCUUUUGAGAAAAAUCAAGAUGAAGAUUUUAGUCUAACUCUAUAUCCACAUGCUGUGUAUAAAACUGUUGCUUUGAUGUUGCUAAAAUAUAUUUAUAUAUCUGCAGUUUUGAUGAUUGUAUAUUCUGUAAUAAGUAUUGUAUGAUAAUCAUAUGUUAUGUUUUCAUAUACAGAUGUCAACCAAUCAUGACUGCUUUCUUUUUUUUUUUUUUUUAAAUCACUGCACUUACAUUACCGUGAUAUGCAUUGGAAUUCUAUAGAAAGUGCACAAGCUGGUUUCUGUGCUUAUAUAAAAAAACUGUUAAAGAGGGAAGUUAUCCUUCUUUUCACUGCCUAUUGAAAAACACUAAGAUAGAGUGGAACAUGAAAAGCCAUAUAUUUUAUAAGGGUAGUGAUGAGCUUAGAGGGGAAAAUACCAAAUAUUUUUUUUUCUUAUAAAUAUAUUUGCAAACAAAAUUAAAAUUUGAUACAAGAUUGUAAAAUAGUUUUUUUAGAUUCUGGUAGGAAGCAUCUCAAGUAAGAGCAAGGCCGUGCCUAAACCAACUAAGGAUGUAGUGUAGAGAUCUGCCCUCCCAUUCUAGAUGAAAACCAAUGUUACAUAUACAGGAUAUAAUAUAUAUAUUUAUAAAUGUAUGAUUUCAUGUAUUGUUCUAAAACAAUAAACUGGAAUCAGAAUUUUAGAAACCCAAACCAAAUAAACUGAGGUGUGUAACAACUGGGAAAGAAUAUGGCUUUUCCUUUGAAAUAAUAAAGCUUCAGCAUCAAGAAAGUUAGAGAAAGACGAAAAAUGCAGACAGACAACACGAAAGGGAGUCACACAGAGUUUCAGAAAUGAACAUGACAUUUGGCAUGUUCACAGCUGCAUUUCUAUAAAUACUGUGCCAAAUUCUGGGUCAAUAGUGCUUCUUCAAUAACUGUAUGUUGCGUUGUUAAGUGUUGCUGUUUUACACGUGUUCUGGUGAUUUUAAAUUGCAAAAUUGUUUAUGGCCAGCAGGUGGCAAUGUACUUCAGUAUUCUAGAGCAAAUUCUUUUUAUCACUUGGUAAGGGAAAGUGUAUCCUAUCAAAAUAAUUUUAUAAAACAUAUUAGUCUUAAUGAAAUUGAAGGCUUACUCAGUGAUGUUGUCUUUAAGUUCUAUCUUGUGCCAUAAUGAUGGAAUAAAAAGCUAAGCAAAAUAA